AUGUCAUUGAUCCCUCUGAUCAGCUUCGCCAACUUUUGUGUUAACUCGUGCAUUUCUGCUGCAGGUUUGCCCCUGUCUAUCAGCAGUCCGGGUGGAAAUAUAUUUGGUUCUGACUCAACAAACACCACAAAUUAUUCGGCUUCUUCUCAAGCACAGGCACCUUCACCCAUGUUAUUGCCUUUUGUGUACAAGAGCGUUCCCACAUUAUCAGGACAGUGCGCGUUCAAUUUUUCCGCGGCAGAAAGCAUACUAAAAGUAACAGCAACUGAUUGCUGGUCCUCCCUAGCUCCGUAUCUUGCUAAUGCAGUUUGUUGCCCUCAAUAUGACGCGACCUUCGCAAUUCUCUUGGGACAAUCAAGCAAAUACACUGGAAUGCUCUCAAUGAACGAAACUCAUGCCAGCCAUUGCAUUUCAGAUGUUGACAAGAUCCUCAUCAGUCAAGGUGCAGAUGAGAAUCUUCAAAAGAUAUGCUCUAUAACUCAAAGCAAUCUUACCGGGGCUUCUUGCCUGGUAAUUGAUGCUAACGAAGUUGACAGAAUUCUCGCUACAUCUGAACUUGUCGCCGCUUGUGGUCAACUUGAUACUGCUAACGAAUGCUGCAGUAGAAAUUGCCAGAAUUCCAUAUCAGCUGCAACUGCUAGGCUUGCCUCGAGCAGUAGUAGGACCACUUCGACAAACAAUCCAAUCCUCCCUAAAGACUCAGUUGUUCUCCGCGACUGUACAAAUAUUGUGCUUAGAUGGCUUGCAAGUAAGCUUGAUCCUCCUGCAGCAAAUAGAGUUCUUAGAACACUCUCUAGCUGCACCUUAAAUGAAGGCUGUCCCCUGGUACUUCCUGAUAUUAACCAAAUUUCGAAAGAAUGUCAAACUCAAACGGCGAUAAAUCAGACAUCUUGCUGCAAUGCCAUGGAAAGUUACAUGUCUCCCUUACAGGAGCAGAGCUUUAUCACUGAUUCACAAGCAUUAAACUGUGCUGCCUCACUCAGCAUGAGAUUGCAGAAAGCUAACAUAUCCACCAACAUUUACAACCUUUGCCGAAUCCAUCUGAAGGACUUCUCAAUUCAAGUGGAUACAAAAGAAUCUGGUUGCUUAUUGCCUAGCACGCCUUCAGAUGUCAUAUUUGAUGAAAGUUCAGGAAUCGGUUUCCGUUGCAAACUCGAAGAAAAUUCAGCUGCGCCUUGGUCAUCUAGUCUGAUUGUCUCCAACUCUACCUGCAAUAAAAGCACCUCCACUGCUGCAACUCUUCCAGAAAUUCCAAAGCCAGUAUCAGCUCAAAGAGGAAUGGAGAUCACCAGUUUGCUGUUGCCUUCACUUUUUUUCAUCUCAUUGAUCAUUUAA